AUGGCAGAAGCAACGAACAUACGUUUCAUUGAUGAAUAUAUUCUAUCCUCACUAAAUCUUCAAACACUUGAUAACUUUGAUGACUAUCUCGUUGCCAUCGUGGGUGUCGACGAUGAGCCACACUUUCAUAAGCAACUUCUAAUGAUAAUUGACGGCAAUUGUUUCCAAUCAUUCGAUGACAUUCAACAGAUUCCUGUGUUUAAUGAAUUUCAAUCAAAACUAGAUGUUUUCUUAAUCAUUUCUGGUACACUGGGAAAACAAUAUCGUGAUCAUCUCAUACAGAAAAGACAACUCAGAUUCGUAUACGUCUAUUGUAGACAUGAGAACCACCACAUAGAGUGGACGAAUGGAGUCGAGAAAGUCAGAUGUGUAACAUCUGAUCCAACAACACUAAUCGAAAAGCUUCACAAAGAUGUCAGAACAUUCAGCAACCGAUGGCCAUUCGAACAAAGAUCAUUUAUCAAAUCGUCAAUACCCACUUCUCAAUGGUUUCAUUUAUUUCUUACGAUGAUUUGUCACACACCUGACACCAUAACAUUACCGUACGAUGAUAUGUUCAACGAAUGCCGUUCAUACUAUAAGAAUAAUCAAGCAAAGCUUCAUGAGAUAAAUCUGUUGUCGCAACAAUAUCGACCGAACAAUGUUAUCAGAGAAUACACGCGCGAUGGUUUUGUUUAUUGUGUUCUCAAUCAUGCUUUACGUACACGAAACAUGCGACUUAUCAGGAUAUUCAGCCCGUUUAUUCGUGACUUACAUAGUCAAUUGUCUGACUGCCGAUCGAAGUAUCUUCGCAAUUUGGACAAAGAACAGUUGAUUCGGAGUGUUUACCGAGGACAACAACUAACUGAAGAACAAGUGGAUCAUCUUUAUUCAGUCUGGAACUCCAAUCAUCCUGUUAUCACUUUGACCACAUUUGGUUCGACAUCAAGGGAUCCGAAUGUUGCGUUGGACUUUAUACCAUUUGCAGAUGGUGUCGUUUCUUGUUUGUUUGAAAUCAUCAUCACUGACGAUCACUAUGCCUCGGCAGAAAACUUCUUCUAUGAAGCACCAGUGUUUGCAGAUAUUUCUUCAAUGUCUACUAUGCCCGACGAAAAAGAAGUAUUAUUUUCUCUUGGUACACGUUUUCGUCUAAUUCGAAUCGAACAACAACGAACGGAAAAGAAUGGCUCCUGUCUUUUAAUUACAUUGAAACCAGCGGAGCCGGAAGAUAUGCAGAAUAAAUUUUCUGCUUCCAGUAUUAUCGAAGAAUUUGAGAAGUUAGAAGAUGGACAAGUCUAUAUGGAUAUUCUAGACAUGUUACAAGAAACUGCGGACGACGAGACAAAAUUCAACAGUACAAACUGGACAGUCUGGUGGAAUAAUCUGAAGAAUCAAUGGCACCAAGGUCUCAGGGAUAAAUCGCCACUCAAUCUCAUAUUCUAUGGGUGUUUUACCAAUAGUCCAAAGUGGUCCAGAAAAGCAAUCGAAAUGCAUAAAGAUAGUCUACGUGCCGUUCCAAGUAUUGAAUCAAAUCGAUCUUGUUUUAGAAAACUAUACGAAUGGUCUAAUGCACUGACGACUGUAGUACCAACAAGAUGGCUAGCUUUGUACGAAGUAUAUCUGGAAACGUUAUGUACAACAAACACGAACGAAGUUAUAAAUACAGUGAAAACUGCUGUAGAAACGUAUGAAAAGAUCGACGACAAGGCACAUGCAGAGAGCUGUUAUGAAAAAUUGUUGGCACUAAUAGGUGAUACUAAUACAAAGAUGAAGAAAGAAAUAGAAAAGAAAGUGAAACGCUUAGAAAAUCCUUCUGCACCAACAGAGAAAAAAGGUUCCAGACCUGAACCGAUCGUUCCGCACAGAGAACCGUCCAAGGUGUAUAAAGUGCAAGAACAACUGUGGAUGAUAUACGAAUCGCUGAAAGAGUGUGCUGAUGAGUCGAAGUCAAUCAGACCCCGUUCCACUAAGGUGGAUGGAUUACUUCGACUGGCUGCUGAUUCGUACGAUGCAGGUGACUCGCGAAUUAUUCUCCGAAUACCAUUCAUCGAAAAUGCGAGACUGUCUGUGAACGACUAUCGCUUCUAUUGCCUUUUAUCUACUGGAAGACAUACGGAAAAACUAGAUAACGUGAUCAAAGACGGAAGUAAUAAUCGUGAGCUGACAUUAUGGCGCUAUGAGAAAUAUAUGUAUGGAUGGAUAUUUCUCGGACAACUGAAGCAUUGCUUACUUUUGUCGAAAGGAUCCCAAAGUCGUAUUGCUUUAAUUGAUCGACUGAUGAAGAAACUGAAUGUUCUUCUGACAAUGUGCACGAUUUAUUUAUGCGUUAAACCGCGCAGCAAGAAAGUAAACGUGGACGGGAUGAAGUUCGUGAAUGUGAUCGACGAGGGAACAAAGCAACAUAUUUUCGGUGAUGUUUUUAAUGACAACCUGUUGGUUAAGCUAGAAGCACUGGAACGAGAAACUGUUACCGUCAGUGAAACUUGUAAACCGAUACCUGAUAGUUAUAGAGAAUCGAGAUUAGAUCUGACUACGAUGGAAAGAGAAGACGUUUUCUCUGAUCCAUGA